AUGUUGAACACCCCAGAGGAACUAAAGGAUGAAAUCGUGUCCUAUCUCUCGCUCGAGGAUCUCAAAAUACUUCGGAUGGCGUUAAGAGAAUUCCAUCAUUCAGCUUCGCAAGAACUAUUUGUGAAAAGAAGCAAAUCACGAUUGGUUUUGAGGGGAGGAAGUGACAAAGAGCGUGGAUUUGAAACAGCUGCGACCAGAGCUGAACCUGCCGUUGGAACUCCGUCCUGGAAACAUAAACCCGUUGAAUUCUGUCGAUUAAAGUCAUACCUCCCGUCUAUUCUCCCAAUCGCGAAAUACUUUAAGGUCCUUGACUAUGCACCGGCAUAUUGGGAUGCUGACCUUCUUAGCGUUCGAAUUGGAACCUAUUCGGGCGAAGAAGAAGGAUUCUCUUACCCUUGGUCAUACAGCCUAAAUGACUGGGAGGAAGAAUCAGGUUUUCAUAGCGAAAAUGAAGAUGAAUACGAUGAGAAUGGCCCUCCAAAUGUCGACAUCUGGGUCAACAAACCAUAUACUGUCCCGGAUCGUUAUACUAAAAAUCAGAAGAGGAUAGAUGCUGCCGUUUUUUUAGAGAAAUACGUUAAAGAACAGGAAGAGAAAUUCGAAGAGUCUCUAGAGGCUCUAAAACAAAUAGUUUCAGCUCUACCACCGCUAAGGGUUGUUAUCAUUGAUCACUGGUAUUGCCACAGGCUGAGAGACGUUAUUUUUCACUGGGGUGAAUUUAGAGAGACUUUCACAACGAGGAUGAGACGGCAAGAACGUCACCUAUGGCGUAACUACCAGACAUUGAUCCCGAUCCUUCGUGAUUCAAAACAGCAGCCUCCGGCGAUUGUUCUACGUAACCUCCCGAUGUACCCGUUUGUCAGCAGCAACAUGAAUCCGACGCUUCUAAAUACGAGCAUCUCCGUGAUGAACAAUCUCCAGCGACUACGGAUCGACUUGAGUAUUAGUGGGGAAAUGCCGAGCUCUUGGGAUUCUGAUGUGGUUCCAGGGACCCUUUAUAGGUUCUUUGAUUACUGUAAGGAAUCUCUUAAGAGCCUUAGGUUCGAAUUCCGUAAUGAACGCAAAGCUUUGCGUAACUUCUUUGGUGGGGGAAAAUUCAAACCAAUAGUUUUUUCAAAACUGGAGGAGCUAUUGAUAGAAGGUAUCACUCUGCCGGGUACAGAUCUAGAGCAAUUAAUAAAAACACAAAAGAGUCUCCGAUGCCUUUGUCUCUAUAAGGUGUCCAUCUGUGAGCGGGCUUACGACUGGCAAAAGUUUUUCGACGACAUCAUAAAUCCAACGAAAAUUGACAGGGUGCAUCUUUAUCGUCUUUGGCGUGGUGCAGGAAACGAUAACGAUCCUGAGGGUGUUCUACCAUACGAUUUUUCGAACGGGCCGCCCGAACACGACCCAGUCCCCAACCUCAAAGUGAAUGGAUGGAGAGAAGUUCCAGUAAAGAAGUAUUAUCGGUUGAUGGGUACAGCGGGUUCCCCAUUAGUUAGAGAAAAGUCCGCAUUUAAAUGUUUUAACCCCAAAGGCGAUCUUGUAUCCGUCAUGAUGGAUGAUUAUUAUUAUUAG